GAUGGCGGCGCCCAGCUCCGAAGCCGCCGCGCCUCUCCCGGAGAGCGAGGAGGGAGAUUUGGGCGGCAAGGCCAAGUCGCCGGCCGUCACCCCGCAGAAGAUCCGGGAGCUGAUCGAUGGGGGCAUCGCUCCGGAGGAGGCCGGCCCGGAAGGCAAGGACACUUCUGCCCUAUCGGAUGCCACGAAUGGACCCUCCCCGAUUGACGAGGUGCCUUUUGAAGCCACCAGCAAAGAAGCCUUCUUCAGCAGAGUGGAAACGUUCACCUCUCUCAAAUGGGCCGGCAAGCCCCACGAACUGUCCCCCCUGAUCUGCGCCAGAUACGGAUGGACCAACGUCGAGAGUGACAUGUUGAAAUGUGCCAGCUGCCAGGCCUACCUGUGUGCCAGUCUGCAGCUGGCUUUCGACUUCAGCAAAUACAAGGAGAGGUGUUCAGAACUGAAAAAUGCCUUGUCAACUGCACACGAGAAGUUCUGUUUCUGGCCAGAUAGUCCCUGCCCAGAUCGGUUUGCCGUCCUGCUGGUCGAUGAACCCCUGGCCCUUCUCGGUGACUUCCUGGAGCGCUUUCAGAGCCUGUGCCAGUUGGAGCUUCAGCUGCCCUCCCUGAAGCCGGAAGAUCUGAAAAACAUGUCCUUGACGGAAGAGAAGAUCAGCCUCCUGCUGCAUCUGGUUGAGGAAGAGCUUGACCGCAAAGCAGAGGGCGAGAAGACGGCAGCCAAGCGCCCUUCGGAUCUUCUCCUGGUCCACAUCCCUGCCUGCGUCUUGGCCCUCUGCGGCUGGACUAGCAGUCCUUUUUCCGGAUCCAUCCCUCUCCCCCUGAUCACCUGUUGCCGCUGCAUGCGGAAGGUGGGGCUUUGGGGUUUCCACCAGGUGGAGUCCGCAGCGCCUGAGAUGGACCCACCCACCAGCCUGAUAACCAUGCCCACCAGUCUUACCGACGGGCGUUCCGACAAAGUGCCAACAGUCCCCACCUCCCCACGUCGGAUGAUUACCCGGAGCCAGGAUACCACCCUCCCUCUAGGCUCUGAACAGCAGCCUGAGAAGAGCCCGUCCCCCGUCAUCAGCCGCAUGCGGAGCUGGGAUAGCUCGAGCUCCAGCGAACGCCUGGACGGAGAAGCGGCUAGCCCCACCACCCGCAGCCGCCCCGUGACCCGCAGCAUGGGGCAAGGCGAAGUGUGCGGCCUGGGCACCGACGUGCCAUCCAGCCCCCACCGGAAGGCCAAGAGGGCACGCCUCUGCUCUUCCAGCAGCUCAGAUUCAUCUGCCCGGAGCUUCUUCAGCCCUGAAUCCCAGCACCGUGACUGGUGUCCUUGGAUCAACCAGGUGAAGGAGAUGGAAACCUCGGAGAACAGCGAGGACCAGACGGACGGGAUGCCGAGGAAGGCGGAUCUCGGCUGGCAGGCGGUCCUGAAGGUUCUCCUGGCUUCCAAGCAGACCGACGGGCUGGCGGAGACGGAGUCAGAGGUGAGAACUCCUCCUUCGGCCUCCGGGGCACGGUGGAUCCCGUGCAGACCCCGCGUGGCCCUUGCCUGA